AUGGCACACUGCCUUCGACGGCCGCUCUUUUCGGCGGUGGGACUCUCUCCAUCCUUCUCCCGGCGAUGUUUCUCUCAAUUACCUGCCCUGCAUGCUGGCCCCCAAGCACCGCAGCCCAGUCGACCACGGCAGCAAGCAGACCGAAGUAUUAAAGUCCUAUCCAAAGGGAUGCAAGCUGUACCUUCAGACAUUGGACUCUUAGACAAGACAUUUAUUACACCCACCGGCAGCAACCGCACCCCCCUCUUCCAAAGACCCCUCGCCCAUCUCAAAUACCAAUGGAAGCGUUUUGCUUUCCGUUUCCGUGACCGAUUUUCUCUAAUAAUCCUCUGGUUCUCGUCUCCCAAAGAGAAGAAUUGGUAUAGGCGAUCCGUCAAGCUCUCGCGGUCGACCCUCACACCAACGGCUGUUGCUCUACAUCGACAAAUGUACAACUCUUUCGCCGAAGGCGACGUUGUUGCGCUGCGGAAGAUCUGCGCGGAUGGCUUAUACGACAGUUUCCGAGCGCGGAUUGGAAAUCGUCCAAGGGGUGAGAAGGUGGACUGGGAGUUGGUAGACUACAAUAAGAGGUCGAGACUAAUUUCAAAUCGUGCUGCGAGGUUGCCCAUUGAGGGGGCGGCGGUGAUACAGGCAGUGGUGAGAAUUGCCUCGAGGCAGAAGCUAACUAGAUGGGUCAAAGGGAGGAGUGGUUCGAUGGAGGUUGUGCCGGGCAGUGGGAAGGCGAAAGAUGUGGUAGAGUACGUGGUUUUGCAGAGGCAGUACGAGGGUUGGAGAGAGGGAGAGUGGCAGGUUUGGGGGACAACUCAGGAGACGACAUUGGACGAUGUAGAGGAAUGGGAGAGGAAAGCGUUGGCUUGA